CUCUCUCUCUCUCUCUCUCUCACUUACCGAAUUCACUUCUAUAACUCCAAAGACUCCAUCAUCAGCAUGUCGCUUUCCAAAGUGAAGCACAUUGUGCUCGUCUUGUCUGGCAAAGGUGGCGUCGGAAAGUCUUCAGUGACGACACAACUGGCCUUGUCUCUCGCUCUGGCGGGCCACUCUGUCGGUGUACUCGAUGUCGAUCUCACUGGACCUUCAAUCCCUCGCAUGUUGUCGAUUGAAGCCGAGAAGGUGAAGCAAGCCCCUGGAGGUUGGCUCCCCGUGCCGGUCCACGAUGCCGUCGAAGAAAAGGGCAUCGGCUCAUUCCACGCCAUGAGUCUCGGGUUCCUCUUGCCCAGACGCGGCGAUGCCGUCGUCUGGCGCGGGCCUAAAAAGACGGCCAUGGUCAGGCAGUUCCUUUCCGACGUCUUGUGGGAUGAGACCGACUAUCUGCUCAUCGACACACCCCCGGGUACUAGCGAUGAGCACAUUUCCCUUGCCGAGACACUGCUGCGAGACGCUCGGCCUGGCCAGGUCGCGGGUGCUGUCGUAGUCACAACACCGCAGGCGGUUGCCACGGCGGAUGUCAAAAAGGAGCUCAACUUUUGCGUCAAGACCAACAUCAAGGUUCUCGGUGUUGUUGAGAACAUGAGCGGCUUCGUCUGCCCACACUGCUCAGAGUGCACCAACAUUUUCAGUUCCGGCGGAGGAGCCGUCAUGGCUCAGGAGUUUUCCGUGCCGUUCCUCGGCACCGUACCCAUCGACCCCCAAUUCGGCGAACUUGUCGAGUCCGGCAGGAGACCACAGUACCCCCAAGGGACGCAAAUCCACGGCCAAGACAUUGGCCACGCCGAUAAAGAGGGCGAGACGAAGGGCGAUACUCUUGUUGAAAAGUAUCAGGACUGUUCGCUGUCCCACAUCUUCAGCGAAAUCACGUCAAAACUCACAACAACGGUUGAGGCGCAAGCACAGUCAUGAGUAAAUGAACCAUCUACAACAUCAACUCAAGCAGUAAACUCAAGGCUCAGUAUCCGUCCCGUGCUGCAGGUUUUGGUCACUGGCGAGAUGAAGACGCUCGGCUUGGUGCCCAAGUCUGGGCACAUACGUCCACGGUUGCCAGGGGUCGAGUACUGCAACUGCAACUGCAACUGCAACUGCAAAUGC